UGUGGCCGCACUCCCUGCAAUCAGCUGGAAGUUAUCGACAUAUUUUCUGUAAAUAACUCGCUUGCCGAGUGAAAAAACAUAAAUAAAAGACAAACCUUGUGCAAACAAAUGAAAAUCAACCACAAAUAUGAGUUUGACGACGACGUGGCCUCCAUCUGCGAAUCGACGGCCGCCCUGACGGAGGGCUGUCGUCUGCCCGUGCGGAUGCACAAAACGGAUGACUGGCCGCUGGCGGAGAUCGUAAGCAUCAAGGAGCUGGACGGGCGGCGUCAGUUCUAUGUACACUAUGUGGACUUCAACAAGCGCCUGGACGAGUGGGUCAACGAGGAGGACCUGUACACGCGCAAGGUACAGUUUCCGCGGCGGGAUGGCUCUCAAACGGGCACCAGCACGGGUGUGACCACGCCGCAGCGCCACCACUCGCUGGCGGGCAGCGUAUCCCGUCCCACUUCGCCACAGCAUCCUGCUCCUGGUGUGGGAGCUUCUGCAGCCCUUGCCGGCGGAGGCGCAAUUACUUCCAGCGGGCCGCCAGUCGUCCACGGUGGUGGUGGCGGCGGCCCUGUGACACCAACACCCACAACCCCUGGCGGUGGUAGCAGCGAGCUGGUCAACGGCAACAACCUGGCGGCCGCCCUGCAGAAGCGCAUCAAUCGCAAACGGAAGGUGCACGGUGCCUCCGCACAUGGACACCACACACCACAGACACAGCAGCAGCAUCCGCAUCCAGGGACCCCGCAAACGCCAACGGGCACACCCGUCGUCACGCACGUGACCGGGGACGGACUGAUCAGCAGCGCGGCCACCGAGGACGGCGAUGGGUCGCAGGACGGCAAGAUACCGACGCCCAGGCAAUCGGGCAGCAUGGUGACGCACCAGGACGACGUGGUCACGCGCAUGAAGAACGUGGAGAUGAUCGAGCUGGGCCGGCACCGCAUCAAGCCGUGGUAUUUCUCGCCGUACCCCCAGGAGCUGUGCCAAAUGCCCUGCAUCUACAUCUGCGAGUUCUGCCUGAAGUACCGGAAGAGCAGAAAGUGCCUGGAGCGGCAUCUGUCCAAGUGCAAUCUGCGGCAUCCGCCGGGCAACGAGAUCUACCGCAAGCACACCAUCUCCUUCUUCGAGAUCGACGGGCGGAAGAACAAGGUGUAUGCCCAGAAUCUCUGUCUGCUGGCCAAGCUCUUCCUCGACCACAAGACCCUGUACUAUGACACCGAUCCGUUUCUGUUCUACGUGAUGACCGAGUUCGAUUCGCGUGGCUUCCACAUCGUGGGGUACUUCUCCAAGGAGAAGGAGAGCACCGAGGACUACAACGUGGCCUGCAUCCUCACCAUGCCGCCGUAUCAGCGCAAAGGCUACGGCAAGCUGCUCAUCGAGUUCAGCUACGAGCUGUCCAAGUUUGAGGGCAAAACGGGCUCGCCGGAGAAGCCGCUGUCGGAUCUGGGCCUGCUCUCGUACCGAUCCUACUGGGCGCAGACGAUACUGGAGAUCUUCAUCAGCCAGAACCCGAGCACCGAUGGCGAGAAGCCAACGAUCACCAUCAACGACAUCUGCGAGUGCACCUCGAUCAAGAAGGAGGACGUGAUCUCGACGCUGCAAAACCUCAACCUGAUCAACUACUACAAGGGCCAGUACAUAGUGUGCAUCAAUCGCGACACCAUUGAGCAGCACCGCCGGGCAAUGGACAAGCGCAAAAUCCGCAUCGACUCCAAGUGCCUGCACUGGACGCCCAAGGACUGGUCCAAGCGCUCCAAGUGAAUGCCAUCGCUAUCAACCCGCUUGAGCUCGUCCAGGACGGACCUGGAAUCAUCAUCAUUCGCAGACUUGGUUUUUUUUUUAUAAUUGUGUAAAUGCAAGGUAUAAUAAACGUGAAUAAACGUGUA